CUGUGCUCAUUUUCAGGUGAAUGCUAGGAACCUUGGAACUUGAAAGUUGUUACCAGUUCUUCAAACUGGGUCUUCUAUCCGUGUUUCACAACCUCAGAAAACCAGCAGGAUGGCUGCAAACAAGAGUAAGAGCCAGAGCUCCUUGGCCCUUCACAAGGUGAUCAUGGUUGGCAGUGGAGGGGUUGGCAAGUCGGCCCUGACUCUUCAGUUCAUGUAUGACGAGUUUGUAGAAGACUAUGAACCUACCAAAGCUGACAGUUACAGAAAGAAAGUGGUUCUUGAUGGAGAGGAGGUCCAGAUAGAUAUUCUGGACACUGCUGGACAGGAGGACUAUGCAGCCAUUCGAGACAACUACUUUCGGAGUGGGGAAGGUUUUCUGCUAGUGUUCUCAAUUACAGAACACGAAUCCUUCACAGCGACUGCUGAAUUCAGGGAACAGAUCCUCCGUGUUAAGGCUGAAGAAGAUAAAAUUCCAUUGCUCGUUGUGGGAAACAAGUCCGACUUAGAGGAGCGGAGGCAGGUGCCCAUCGAGGAGGCAAGGAGUAAAGCCGAAGAGUGGGGCGUGCAGUAUGUGGAGACAUCGGCGAAAACGCGGGCCAACGUGGACAAGGUGUUCUUUGACUUAAUGAGAGAAAUCAGAGCAAAGAAGAUGUCAGAAAACAAAGACAAGAAUGGCAAGAAAAGCAGCAAGAACAAGAAAAGUCUGAAAGAAAGAUGUUGCUUGCUAUGAAUGCCAAGAUGGUGGAUGACGGCAGUUGCCGCUGAGGACACAGGGCUGGGUUUGUAAAGAGAAGACGGUAGUUCAUUUCUUGGUUGUGCUUCCUGCUCUCCCCAGCCUCAUUCACGCAUACUUCUUUAAAUGGGGAAAAAUUUUUGUGACUCAAUGGCUGGCGGAAGAAAUGAGCCCCUGUCCGUGCAGUAGAGCGGCUGCUUGGUCAGGAGGUUUUGGAGUUUCUUCUCUCCUUCCAUCUCUGCCUCCCUUCCUCCCUCCCUACCUCCCCGAAGCUUAACUACAUAUGCAGUGCUAUAGAUGGGAAAGUCAAAUGUUAAUUAAAAAGAAAAAGUAUUGUCAUAGCA